AGCAAAUUCUGCUGACCCUGCUCCUGCUCCCCCUCUCCUCGUAUACCCUGUCACUUGACCCUACUUCUUGUGAAGAACUAAGGAUUGUGGAAACAAUUCCUGACGGUCUCACCUUCGCCAACUCCUCCCUUCCAAGAAAUGAGCCCACCACUAUGGCUCUUACUCAGCUACUCGAUGCAGCCCAACUUAAUCUUGAUAUCGCUGAGUAUUACUUUGAUCUGAGACCCAGCCCACCUGCCGAGGAUGGAUCUGAUGAAGAUGGGAGGGAUAUUUGGAGUGGUUUACGGAGAACUGGGUUGAGAUUAAAAGAAGCCGGAGGUGGAUUGAGGAUUGUGCACAAUGUUCCUGAUAAGGAGUUUCCUGAUCCUGAUACCAAGGAUUUAGCGGAUGCUGGAGCAGCAGAAGUGAGGUAUCUCGACUUUGAGAAACUGAUUGGGGGUGGGAUAAUCCAUACUAAGUUGUGGGUUGCUGAUCAGACAAGCUUCUAUCUUGGGUCUGCAAACAUGGACUGGCAAUCCCUUCGGCAGGUCAAAGAGUUGGGAAUCCUGGGUAUAAACUGUCGAGUUAUCGCUCAGGAUCUUCAAAAGAUGUUUGAAAUUUACUGGUAUCUUACAACCAACCCAGUUCCUGAUAAAUUCCCUGCAUCGUUGGAUACUUUAUACAACAGCAACAAUCCCAUGAGGUUUAAAACUAUGCAAUCAAACACUGUGAUGACAGCCUUUUUAGUUUCAAGCCCACCACAGUUUUGUACAAAAAGCCGAACUGUUGGAAUUGAUGGUCUGAUACAUGUGUUGGACUCAGCUGAGAAGUUCAUCCACAUUGAAGUAAUGGACUACUUUCCCGCCAUUAUCUACACUAAUCCUAACAAAUACUGGCCAGUUAUAGACGAUGCGCUGCGCAGAGCUGUGUUUAACCGUGGAGUUGAACUUAGGCUCCUGGUAGGUCUGAUGCCGCACAACCUGUCCCGAUCUGAUGAAUACCACUAUCUCUCCAGCCUUGCAGCUCUUGAUGGCAGCGGAAGAGACCAUAAAGUCGUCAGUAAAGUCAAACUGUUCAUCAUACCAGCCUACACACCCGCACAAGAGCGUCUGCAGUACGCGCGAGUCAACCAUGCUAAAUUCGUUGUUACAGAUAAGAACACGUACGUGUCUACAAGUAACUGGUCUGGAGACUACUUCACCAGUACUGGGGGGAUUAGUAUGAUCAUGGAGAACGGGGGAGGGUGUGGUGUGUGUGGGACUGUGGCUGGAGUGUUUGAUAGGGACUGGGCCUCCGAGUAUACCAAACCUCUUAGACCCUGGGGUCCUGGGGGUGAUGGUGUGGAAAGUGAGGAGACCGCUGUGAUAUUUUGAUUGGUUUUGCAUUUUUGUAUGUGAUUGUAUUUGUUAUGACGUUAUAAUUCAUAAUUAUAUUUUAUAUACAUCGCUUCAAUUUUUAAAUGUUCAAGGGGUAGUUUUUGACAAAAAAUGAUUGAUUUAAGUCAAUGUUUAUUUUGUUGCUAGGCUUCUUCCAUUAGUAUUGCGGGAGUGGGAGAUAUUUUUCAUGACUUUUGUAACCUUUUUUUUAUCAGUGACCACUGUCUUUUUAUGAUUUCUUUUAGAAUCGGUCUAAAUUAUGUAAUGCGUUAAAUGUUUUGUUUAAUUGGUCUACAUGUUUUGUAUCUGAUGAAAUAUUAUUCAACAUUAUAUUUUCUAGA